AUGCAGCUAGAGCAUACAGGACUUGGAAGGCCUGCUGAAGGCAGCUCUCCACAGGGCUGUUUCUCGGAGGUUGUUACCCAAGCCUCCUCAGGAAAAACAACGCAACACCAGCCUUUUUGCUCCUCCCGCAAGACCCCAGGCCUCUGUACCCCUGACUUGAAUCACCUUCAAAGGGGAGAAAAUGAACAGCACCCAAUUAAUGUGAGACAAGAGUCCAGCAUCCCUACCUAUGGACAACCCAUGCCAUUAAACACCAAGCUUCAGGACUGCUAUGUGGCUUUGCCAACAUCCAUGUGGGCCCCAGCACCAGGUGCCACCUCUUGUUGGGAAGUGGUAAAGCCAUAGAUUGCCUAUUUGUUCUCUCUGAUCAAAGUUGUGCUCAGACGACAACGGAAGGGUAAAUGCCACAAGAACUUGUCUCGCCAGAGGCCUAACCUGAUGAAUCCAGUUCUGUUGUUUCAUGGUGGCCGGCAGAGCUCAGAAAAGUUCAAAGGAAAAAAAGUAACAGUCAGCCAAGAUCUUGAGGAUAGAUACGCCAAAUAUGCAGCUGCUACCCAAGUGUUGUCCAGGGGCAGUGGGAUGACAGCCUGGAAGUUGCUUCCUGAAACCCAAGAGGGGCAGCAGCUGGAGGACAUGCCAAUCAACCAUGAUCAGGCUCUGCACCAUGCUGUGGUGGAGUCCCCGUUGUGAGAUCCUUAAAACCCCAAGAGGUACAGACUGGAGCUAGGUAAAGCCAUUAAACAAAGGCUCCAAGAAGCUCUGCACAGUCAGCUGCCACCAGGAGUGCAGAGAGGAACCUGGAGCUGA